AUGAAAUUCCUAAUCGUAUUAGCUGUUAUCGCCGUCGCUUCGGCAGUCCCUCUUAACCGUAUCUCAGCCUCUGAGAUCGAUGAGAUCAUCAGCGCUAUCAACAGCCCCAGCACCAACCCAGCCACAGCUGCUGCUUUACAGCAAAUGCUCCACGAUCUCCUCGGUGGACAUGGACUAGACGAAAUUUCUGCUGGACCCGCUAUAAUCGAUGAAUCACCUGUACUUAUUGACACCAACCCAGCUCUUGUUGAGGAACACGAGGAUAUCGCAGUUGGACCAGCUCUGAUUGAGGAACACGAGGAUAUCUCCGUCGGACCAGCUCUGAUUGAGGAACACGAGGAUAUCUCCGUCGGACCCGCUCUCAUUGAAGACCAGCCCGCCAGCGUCAAAGCUCCCCUCGUACAGGUUAUCAUUAAUGUUGACGCAUCCGCUGGAGACGUCACCGUUGACCAAGUUUACAACCCAGAGAACCCCGCUCUUAUUCCCAGCCCCGUAGAAAUCAUUGAUGGAUCCCAACCCGAACUUAUCCCCGACAACAUCAAUGUCAUUGAAAACGAAAUCAUUCCCGACGCCAUCAGUAUUGUGGAGAACCCCAAGCCAGAGCUGGAAGCUGAAAACAUCAACGUUGACACACCUUUGAUCCCUGACGGCGCUGUCAUCCUCCCAGACAUCCUCAACUAG